AUGAAAAAUAAUCUAGAUUUUAUAUAAAUGAUGCUAGAUCUAAAUCUAAGCAAAGAAUAUAUUAAAAGUAUAAAAGGAGACUUUAAUAGUAAUUAAUCUAGAAAUAAUAAAUUGAAUAUCUAAAAAUUGCGUAAAUUUUAUAAGACUUUAAAUAAUGCUGAUGUAUUAUAAUCUUAUAAUUAGUUAUUAAGUUACUGUACUAAUAAAUUCAGUUGUAUACAUAAAGCAGUUAGAGAUGAAUUAAGAGAUAGAUUUAAUACACCUUUAAAUUAAUUUUGGCCAAUUUUAGCAAAUAUUAUAUAAAAUAAAGAAGCUAAUCCAAAUUAUUAUGCAGAAUUAUUAAAAAUAUAAGAAUUCCCUAAUUAUUUUUAAGAUACUAUAAAAAAAGAUGUUGUUCGUACAUCAGGUGAUGAAGAAAUAUAGUAAAAAUUAUCAAAUGUAUUAACAGCUUACACUAUUAGAAAUGCUUAAAUCGGAUAUUGUUAAGGAUUUAAUUAUAUUGCACAUUAUUUAUUAUUGAAUUAAAAAUACUCAGAAGAAGUAUUAAUAGAAUUAUAUAUAAGGAUGCAUUUUGGUUUUUAUGUCAUUUAUUUGAGACUCUCUUACCAUAAAAUUAUUAUAAUCAUUUGUUUGGUGUUUUAAGUGAUGAUGAAAUAAUAAGAUAAAUUCUAUAAAAAGAAAAACCUCAUUUGAUGGAACAUUUUUAAAAUCUAUCAGUAGAAACAAGUUUAUUUACAAUUUAAUGGUUAGUUUGUUGUUUCACAUUUCACAAUAAAUUAACAGAUACUAUUUUUGAUCUUCUAUUAGUUGAAGGUUCAAAAGCAUAAAUUAAAUCUACAUUAACUUAUAUUACUCUAAUGGAAGAUUCAUUGAUGUAGGUAAAUGAUAUUUGUAGUUUAAUAAUGACUGUAGAAUAAUUUAUAUAAACAUUUUAAGAUAGAUAAAUAUUUAUAGAAGAAUAUCAUAAAAUUUAUAUUAAUAAUAAAUUAUUAUAAAAUAUUAGAUAAGAUAUAUCUAAUUAGGUAGUAUCAACUGUUUAAUCAAGUGAUACUAAAAGAGUGACAUCACUUAAUGCAUUUCUUGAAGAUUUAAGAAAAUAAAAAUGUUAAUUGAAUCAUCCAAUAUGCAUAUAUGAAUUGGAAACAUGGAGUAGAAAUAAGAAACAUAUUGAUAAUGUUGUACUUAGAGUAGGAAUACUAAAUUAAAUAAAUAUUGAAAAUAAGAAAUUAUAAAUAAAUAAUUAACUUAUAGUCAGAUAAAAUCAUAUAUGUGAAAAAGAUGCAGGGUUUUUGAUCAGAACACUAUAACAUAAGGAUAAUUAUGAAAUCUAAUUAAUAGAUAUAAAUAAAUCAAUAUAAUAAACUCAAAUAGCUAAUUCACCUAGAGGUAGAAGUGCAUUCAAAGAUUUAUUAUUAACUCCUAUAAAAGCAUUAAAUAAUGCUUAAAAUUUAAGUUAAAAAUUAAGAAUGAAUCCAAAAAUUUACAAAAUUGAAAAUCUUCCACUUUUCUCAAGUUCUUUUACUUUGUCUGUUAAUGUUAGAAAGAAGACUCAAGGAUGGAGGACUUAAAGAGGUCGAUCUCCUGAGUAAACAAAAUUAUUAUUGAAAAAAAUGAAUAUUUAUGGAUCUCCUAAAAGAAAAUUAGAAUUAAAUACUUCUAAUAAUUUAAUUAAUUAAUCUACAGAUGUUUCUUAAUAAUAACCUACUACUUUAUAAGGAUGUAAAUCUAUUAAGUUUAUUGCCUAACUUUCCAAAAAUACAAAUUUGAUAAAUAUUGAAUUUUAUCCAGAUUAAAAAUGA